UUGUAAGAAGUCGCGAAAUUCUGAUUUAUAUAAGUUGUAGAUUGAAUGCAUCGAUUUUGUUACUUGUUUUGUUCUUUAUUUUGUUAUAUAUAUAUAAUAGCAAUUAAUGCUCAGUUAAUUGUAUUAGAUAUUUUACUAUAAGAUAUGUUAAGGUGUUCUUAAGGUAUAAAAGUAGGAGUUUCUGUAUUGUUGUUUAACUGCUAAAGGCACAAAAUCGUCUGCUCUCAAUUUAAGAAAUUACAAUGGAACAGCAUAUUUUGAAUACAAGGUUCGGUAUUGAUGAGGAGAACUUGGAUGCUUUGGCUGAAGAUGCAAAGGAUUAUGCUUUUUCGAAAGGUAUUGCUAUGAGAGCAUCUGAUUUACCAUUGGAUGCUAGGGUACCACUUUCUUUUUGUAUUGUUCCAUCACCAUUCCCUGCAAAAUUUUUCCAAUUUGUAUAUGACUUGCAACCUUAUAUUAAUUUAAUUCUCCAUCAACUCUCUUAUUCUAAAGAAAUUCUCAAAAAAUGUUUGUCUAGUACAAUUGAAGUGGAUGAGUUUACUCGAAAUAUUUUCAAGAUCUAUGAAGAAUGUGAUCAAGAAAUUUCAGAACAGCAGUUGAGUUUGGGUUUAAUACGUUCAGAUUAUAUGUUGAACACUGACUCAUCCCAAAAGAUAACAGGCAUUAAACAAGUUGAAAAUAAUACCAUUGCAUCAUCCUUUGGUGGAUUGGCACCAAGAAUUCGAGAUUUGCAUGAGUUUGUCUUGGAAAAACUUGGCCAGAAAAGUUUUGAACAUAAAUUACCAAUUAAUGAAUCUGUGUAUGAAUUAGCAAAAGGCAUAAUAUCUGCUUGGGAUGCUUAUGAGAACCAAAAUGCCAUUGUUCUUUUUGUCGUAGAAGAAACUACCUUGAACAUAUGUGAUCAACGUGCAUUAGAGUAUGCUAUUUUAGAUUUUGAAAGUAAAAUAUCUGUAUUGCGAUGUUCAUUUAAGGAACUCAGAAAUACUGCUAAAUUACGAGGGAAAAAUUUAUUGGUGAAAGAUAAAGAAGUUGCAGUUGUCUAUUAUCGUACUGGAUACAUUCCAGAGCAUUAUGAACCUGAGGACUGGGAAGUUAGGCUUUUGAUGGAGCGUUCUGCUGCUAUUAAAUGCCCCUCAGUUGGAUUACAUUUAGCAGGUACAAAAAAAGUUCAACUUUACUUGACUAAGCCUGGAGUGCUUGAAAACUUUGUUAGCCAUGACAUUGCGGAAAAGUUGCGUGAAGUAUUUGUUCAUCAGUAUGCACUUGAUAUGGGACCAGAUGGCGAUAAAAUAAUUUCUAUGGGUAUACAGAAUCCUGAUAAAUAUGUAAUGAAACCAGAAAGAGAAGGUGGAGGAAAUAAUAUAUAUGGUGAAGAUGUGAAACGUCUUUUGGAAGAUAUUAGAUUGACUGAAAAAAGGAAAGCAUAUAUACUGAUGGAGCGCAUUAAACCUCCUGGCAUUCCCAACUGUAUUAUUCAGAGAGAUAAAGUACCAGAAACAAGUAACAUUGUGUGUGAGCUUGGAAUUUUUGGUGUUAUUUUAGGGAAUAAAAAAGAUGUAUUUAUUAAUAAUGCUGCAGGUCAUCUUCUACGCAGUAAGAAAAUUGAUUCCAAUGAAGGUGGCAUUGCUGCAGGUUUUGGAGCACUGGAUUCUCCAUACUUAGAAUAAUUUUUUUUAUAAAUUCAUUA